AUGUUUCCCAGGGUCCCACGGGACAGGUUGGAGCGGGAACCCUGUUUGGUGACGCGCUCACCCUUGGUGGACGGCUGGCUCCUCCGCCUGGCCUUCGACGGAGAGAUUCCCAGGUACUUGCGACGCAGCAGCGCAGUGCAGCGCUUUGAAGUGGAGCCACUGCUCGCAGAUUUCGUGGGACUGACCCGAUUCCUGGAGGAGAAACUCAUUGGCAGCGAGUUGGAAGAGUUGACCUUCGCCAACCUGCGCAGCAUGGAGCGGAGCUUCAUCCAUCGUGCGGCCCAGGAGCUGGGCCUCUUCAGUUGCUCUCAGGGCACCGGCCUGGGCCGUCAGCUGCUGGUGCGACGAACGCCCCAAGAGGACACUGACGCGUUGGAGGUGCCAGUGGAGGCUCCCGAGCCACCGGUGGUCCAGCGCAGUGAAGGUCCCAGAAGCCGCAAGCGGAGGGGAGUGCAUUUGGUGGAGAAGAGCAUGCCCUUCUAG